GGUGACAAUGGGAUGCUGAUUUGUUAUAUAAUAAGAGCAAAGAACCAUCAAAGCCGCUUGUGCUUGGACACAUCACUUCUCUUUUCCUCUCACUAUUUCUUGCUUGCUAGUUUCAGAUCGAUCUCAGCAUUUGCUUUGAGAGACUAAGUCAACGCUUCAGUAGAAUGGAGAGCACAAUGAAGGAUUUAAGAGGCGGUGCCUCCGUCCUCGACAUGGAUCCCAAGUCCACCGUCGGUGGUGGCGUUGAGGAUGUUUACGGUGAGGAUUCCGCCACCCUGGAUCAGCUCGUCACUCCUUGGACUAUCUCAGUUGCCAGUGGAUACUCUUUGUUACGGGAUCCACGCCAUAACAAAGGGCUUGCCUUUACUGAGAAAGAGAGGGAUGCCCACUACCUGCGUGGGCUUCUUCCCCCUGUGGUUGCAAGCCAACAACUUCAGGAGAAGAAGUUGAUGCACACUAUAAGACAAUAUCAACUUCCUCUUCAAAAAUAUAUGGCCAUGAUGGAACUUGAGGAGAGGAAUGAAAGACUGUUUUACAAGCUUCUCAUUGAUAAUGUUGAAGAGUUGCUUCCCAUUGUAUACACUCCAACAGUAGGUGAAGCUUGUCAGAAAUAUGGAAGCAUCUUCAAGCGUCCUCAGGGAUUAUACAUAAGUUUGAAGGAAAAGGGGAAGAUUCUUGAUGUAUUGAAAAACUGGCCUGAAAGAAGUAUUCAAGUUAUUGUUGUAACUGAUGGUGAGCGUAUCUUGGGACUUGGAGAUCUUGGCUGUCAGGGGAUGGGUAUUCCUGUUGGGAAAUUGGCACUCUACACCGCACUUGGAGGAGUUCGUCCUUCUGCGUGUUUGCCUAUCACUAUUGAUGUGGGUACAAACAAUGAGAAAUUGUUGAAGGAUGAAUUCUAUAUUGGACUCAGACAAAGAAGGGCAACUGGCCAGGAAUACUCUGAACUUCUACAAGAAUUCAUGGCCGCUGUAAAGCAGAACUAUGGAGAAAAAGUCCUUGUACAGUUUGAAGAUUUUGCUAACCACAAUGCUUUUGAGCUGCUUGCAAAGUAUGGCACAACUCAUUUGGUCUUCAAUGAUGAUAUACAGGGGACAGCAUCUGUUGUUCUUGCAGGAGUUAUUGCUGCACUGAAGUUGCUUGGUGGUUCCCUGGCUGAUCAUACUUUCUUGUUCCUUGGUGCUGGGGAAGCUGGAACUGGAAUAGCAGAGCUUAUAGCUCUUGAGAUGUCAAAACGGAUCAAUGCUCCUAUAGAAGAGGCACGCAAGAAGAUCUGGUUGGUAGACUCAAAGGGAUUGAUUGUUAGCUCUAGAAAGGAAUCACUUCAACACUUCAAGCAGCCUUGGGCUCAUGAGCAUGAACCUGUUAAUACUCUCUUAGAUGCUGUGAAGGCAAUCAAACCAACAGUUUUGAUUGGAUCAUCUGGGGUCGGAAGAACAUUCACAAAGGAAGUGAUUGAAACCAUGGCUUCCUUAAAUGAGAAACCUCUUAUCUUGGCUCUCUCCAACCCAACAUCACAGUCAGAGUGUACAGCUGAAGAGGCUUAUACUUGGACUAAGGGCAAGACAAUUUUUGCUAGCGGAAGUCCAUUUGAUCCUGUUGAAUACGAGGGCAAAGUUUUUGUCUCUGGCCAGGCCAAUAAUGCAUAUAUUUUCCCUGGAUUUGGCUUGGGAUUGGUCAUCUCUGGAGCAAUUCGUGUUCAUGAUGAUAUGCUUUUGGCAGCAUCGGAAGCCUUGGCUGCACAAGUUUCGGAGGAAAACUAUGCCAAUGGGUUGAUUUACCCACCCUUCUCUAACAUCAGAAAAAUUUCAGCAAAUAUUGCUGCUAAAGUAGCUGCUAAGGCAUAUGAACUUGGGUUGGCUACACGUCUCCCCCGCCCGGAGAACCUUGUGAAGUAUGCUGAGAGUUGCAUGUACAGUCCUGUCUACAGAAAUUUCCGUUAAUUUUGAAGUUUUGUUGGUGAGAAGCUACAUGUAACGUAAGGUGUAUUAGUUCUGAGCAAAAUAAGAUUCUGAUAUGAAUCAUCAAGAUUGCGGGUUGUGGGUUGUAAUUUUGUGUUUUGCUUUGAUAUGCUUAAGAAGUUGUACCUCUAAACAAAAUAAAGAUUUUUGACUUGAAUGAUAAAUUUAGAUUUCAUGUCA